GCGGAGCGCGGGGGCCGGGCCGUGUGAGCGCCGGGCGCGGGGCAGCAGGGGGCGGCAACACCUAGAGGCACCGUGCGGGGCAGACCCCCGGCCUGGGAGCCCCCCAAUCCCUGCCUGGGGAGCCCCCAGCAUCCAGCCCCCCAACCCCUGCCCGGGGAGCCCCCAAACCCCAGCGAGCCCCCAACCCCUGCCUGGGGAGCCCCCAGCAUCCAGCCCCCCAACCCCUGCCCGGGGAGCCCCCAAACCCUAGCGAGUCCCCCAACCCCUGCCUGGGGAGCCCCCAGCAUCCAGCCCCCCAACCCCUGCCCGGGGUGCUCCCAAACCCCAAAGAGUCCCCCAACCCCUGCCUGUGGAACCCCCAGCAUCCAGCCCCCCAACCCCUGCCCGGGGAGCCCCCAAACCCUAGCGGGUCCCCCAACCCCUGCCUGGGGAGAUCCUUCUAUACCAGCCCCCCAAACCCCUACAUCCCCUCCCUUGCAACCCCACUGCCCCCUGCCAACUAGCUCUUCAUCCCCCACCUAGGGCUUCCCCCCCAACAACUAGCCCCCCGUUCCCUCUUCCCCCUUGUCUUGUGGGCAGUUAUCCCCUCUCUCCACCUCAGGGCACCUCGUGCAUCCCAGCUCCUGUGGGCAGCCACCCUCCGUCCCGGGCUCUGAGUUGUGCUGACCCAAGGGCCGGGGGAGUGGGGACACGAUCUCAGCCCAGCUCCGUGCAGGUGUCAGACCCCGCUGGGUGUCAUGUGCAUAGGGUCCCAGGGGCUGGGGGCAGCUGGGUGUGCUCUGACUGGGGAACCCGUGGCGCCUGUUGAUCCCAAACUCUCCGGGCCUUCCCUCCUCAGACUGGAGGCAGGGAUUUGAGGGUGGGUUGGAGGGCGGUUACACUCCUGUGUCCCAGGGCCAGGCGGCGCGGCCUGAGGGGUGAUGGGGAACGUGCUGGGACCAGUGCUCGACUUGCACAGACCGCUGCGCCGGGAGGAGCCGCUUACCAACCCGGGUAGCUUCGAUGAGCUCCACCGGAAAUGCAAAGAAGUCUUCCCCCAGCAGAUGGAAGGGGUGAAGCUGAUCAUCAACAAGGCCCUGAGCAGCCACUUCCAGGUCACCCACACCAUUCACAUGAGCACAGUCGGCCAGUCCAGCUACCACUUCAACACCACCUACGUAGGGGACCGGCAGCUCAGUCCCACCGAGACCUUCCCCAUGCUCGUCGGGGACAUCGACAGUGGUGGGAGCCUCAACGCUCAGGUGCUGCACCUGGUGGUGGAGCGGAUCCGCACCAAGGCCGUCUUCCAGACGCAGCAGGCCCGGUUCGUGACGUGGCAGUUCGACGGGGAGCUCCGUGGCGACGACUACACGGCCACGCUAACGCUGGGCAACCCCGACGUGCUCAGCCAAUCAGUCAUUGUGGUGGCUCACUUCCUGCAGAGCGUGACCUCACGGCUGGUGCUGGGCGGGGAGAUGGUGUAUCACCGGCGCCCGGGCGAGGAGGGCGCCAUCGUCACCUUGGCAGGGAAGUACACGGCUCUCAAGUGGGUGGCGACGCUGAACAUUGGUUAUGGCGGUGCCCAUGCCAGCUACUAUCACAGAGCCAAUGAGCAGGUGCAGGUCGGGGUGGAGUUGGAGGCCAACACCCGGCUACAGGACACGACCUUCGCCUUUGGCUACCAGCUCAACCUGCCCAAGGCCAACAUGGUCUUCCGAGGCCUCCUGGACAGUAACUGGUGCGUGGGGGGCGUCCUGGAGAAGAAGCUACCACCUCUGCCUGUCACCCUGGCCCUGGGCGCCUUCCUCAACCACUGGAAGAACCGCUUCCAUUGCGGCUUCAGCGUCAUCGUGGGCUGAGGGGGCAGUGCCGUCGCGGGGCUCCCGGCUCUCGGCCCAGCCGGUGGGGGCAGGGCAGAGCAGAGCCUGGCGCCAAGUGGAUUCUGACUGGUUUGCUCCGGUGGGAGCAGGAUCCUGGCCAUGUGCGUG